AUGGCUACGGCGUUGUUUGGGUUCAUCGCGGCCUUGCUGCUGCAUGUGGGCGUUGCCCAGGAGCCUGUCCCAAGCGAACCGCCAGGAUUCACUAUCGGUCGAGGUAGUGGAUCCGCCAAAGCGCUGGCGAACCACUACGAGCCCGAAGACCUCCGCGUCAAGGCUGUACUGUUCCCGCUACCGUUUCACCAACACGGUUUCACUGCAGCCGAAUCAGUGUUUACAAUUACGUCAGCUCUGGGUGACGACCAUUUUACGCCGUGGCUGGAAGUUCUGUACAAUAACCAAGAACGGAUUUAA